AUGAGUUUCAGCAUCAAGCAAUCGGCUUUAACAAUGGAUGUUUCGAAUUCAGUUGUCCACAAGAGAUUUUCUUCCAUUAGAUCAUCGUUUUCGCCAUGUUUGAAAGUUCAAAACAACAGCACCAACAAGAUAACACUCGUUUCAGUGUCAAGGCCAUUGCAUAUCUCGUCCGUAGAGAGCUGUUUUCGUAGGGAGGAAAAGCCGGUGGUCCGAUGCGAAGCGUACGAAUCCGACAAGUCGUCGUCGGAAGCAAAAUCGGAGAGGGCGCAACAAGUGAAAAUCGGGAUUUAUUUUGCUACUUGGUGGGCAUUUAAUGUGGUUUUCAAUAUCUACAACAAGAAGGUUUUGAAUGUUUACCCUUUCCCUUGGUUAACUUCGACUCUGUCCCUUGCCUGUGGUUCUUUUAUGAUGAUGGUUUUGUGGGUUACGAGGAUCGCCGAGCCCCCAAAAAUCGAUAUCGAGUUCUGGAAGGCUCUGUUUCCGGUUGCUGUGGCACAUACAAUUGGGUAUGUAGCAGCAACUGUAAGUCUGUCCAAGGUUGCAGUUUCAUUCACCCACAUCAUUAAAAGCGGCGAACCCGCUUUUAGUGUAAUAGUUUUGAGGUUCUUGCUCGGCGAUACGUUCCCUCCGGCAGUCUACCUGUCCCUUAUUCCGAUCAUCGGUGGUUGCGCACUUGCCGCCUUAACCGAACUCAAAUUCAACAUGACCGGUUUCAUGGGAGCUAUGAUUUCCAACUUGGCAUUCGUCUUCCGUAACAUAUUCUCGAAGAAGGGCAUGAAGGGGACAUCUGUCAGCGGGAUGAAUUACUACGCAUGUUUGUCGAUGUUGUCGCUUCUAAUCCUCACGCCGUUCGCGAUUGCAGUCGAAGGAGUGCAUAUGUGGGUGGCCGGAUGGAAAGAGGCCGUAUCUCUAAUCGGACCACAGUUCAUCUGGUGGGUUGUGGCACAGAGUAUCUUCUAUAAUCUAGACAACCAAGUCGCGUACAUGUCCCUCGAUGAGAUCUCGCCCUUGACGUUCAGCAUCGGCAACACCUUGAAACGCAUAUUCGUCAUAGUCUCCUCCAUCAUCAUCUUCCACACACCCGUCCAGCCGAUCAAUGCUCUCGGAGCCGCCAUUGCCAUCCUCGGAACCUUCUUGUAUUCCCAGGCAAAAGCAUGAGCAAGCUCCCGGGGUUCGAGAAUUUUGAUUCAUCGAAUAAUAUCGAUGGAAGAGAUGAUUGAGGAGGUCAUAGUUCACCGUAUUUCAUUAUCCACGAUGGCCGGAUUUCGGUCGAAAACGACACCGGCGAGCAGCUUGUCGUAACGUAGACAUUUAUAAUAAUGGUUAUCAUACACAUUGUGGUACAGUGGAUCAGGAAGGAUUUUGCUUUGUUUUGUUUAAUUCAGGCCUGAAGGGAACAUGUUUCGAA